AUGGAUCAAGCAAUUGUAGGUGAGCUAGGCGGUCUUAAAAUGUUGAUUAGACAAGAAAGUAGAUCAACACAUUUUGUUCAUUGUUUUGCUCAUCAACUUCAAUUGACUCUUGUUGCAAUUUCUAACAAGUGUAUUCAAGUUGGUGAACUUGUAUUAUUAAUUUCAAAUAUUUUGAAUAUGUUGGGAGCUUCUUUUAAAAGUGUGGAUAAUUUUCAAGGAUCUCAAAAAAAGUAUCUCCGAGAGGCAUUGGAUAUGGAUAAAGUAGAAAUGGGUAGAGGGUUGAAUCAAGAACUUGAUUUUAUUAAAGCAAGUGAUACUCAUUGGGGAUCUUACUACAAGUCAUUUGAAAACUUUAUUAGUAGCUUUGACUCUAUUGUUAAUGUACUUGAUACUCUUGUUAUAAAUGAAAGAAUCACAAAUAAUCUUAAUAAGUCAUUACAGAAAAAGGAUCAAGAUAUUGCAAAUGCCAUGAUUCUUGUAAAGCUACAAGAACUUAAUGACCGUUUCAAUGAGGUGACAAGUGAUUUGCUUAAUGGAGUAUCUUGCUUGAAUCCAAUUGAUUCAUUUUCUAAUUUUGACAUAAACAAGAUAAUGAGAAUGACUGAAUUAUAUCUUGAUGACUUUGAUGGAUCCAACAUAAGAACUCUUGAGAAUCAACUUGUUAAUUACGUUAUUGAUGUUCGUGAUAUUGAUGAAAGGUUCUCCAAUUUGGGUGGACUUGGGGAACUUUCAAGAAAGUUGGUUGAAACAAAGAAGCAUUUAAAUUAUUUUCCGAGGUCAAAGUUAGAUGCCAAGACAAGGCAGUGCAUCUUUGUUGGUUAUGGCAUUGAUGAAUUUAGUUAUAGGAUAUAUGAUCCAAUUGAGAAAAAGCUUGUGAGAAGCCGCGAUAUCGUCUUUAUGGAAAAUCAAACCAUUAAAAAUAUUAACAAAGUGGAAAAGCUAGAAUCUUCAGGUUCUGAUGACGUAGUCCUUCUUGAUCAAGUUCCUCAUACAAGUGUGCAUGACGUUAGUAGGCUUGAUAACCAUGGUGAUGCUCAGAAUCAAAUCCCAGAUCAACAUGUUGAUAUUGAUAAUAAUAAUGAUAUUGUUAUUGAUAAUUCUCCUACUCAUGAAGUUGUGGACGAAUCAAAUAUUCCUCUUACGAGGUCUAUAAGACAACGUAUUCCCUCAUCUUGUUAUUCACCUAAUGAGUAUAUGUUACACACUAACGAGGUGAACCUGAGUGCUAUGAUGAGGCCCUAA